GAGAUUCCCUGGAUUUGAUUGCAGGACAGGAUGAGUCUUCUAUAUGUUCUCCUCCCGGUGUUGGGAGGAUAUACCUUCACCUCGCUGUACCUGCUGAAGAACCCACACAUUCUGCACAAAAAGAAACGCAGCGCUUUCUACUGCACUCACAUCUCACACAGAGGAGGAUGUGGAGAGCGGAUAGAGAGCACCAUAGAGGCGUUUGAAAACGCGGUGAUGCAGGGCACGGAGAUGCUGGAGAUGGACUGUCACCUGACCCGCGAUGAGUAUGUGGUCGUUUCCCAUGACGAGAACCUGCUGAGGCAGACAGGCCAAGAUGUCAACAUCUCCUCCCUCGAUUUCCAGGAUUUGCCUCUUUACAAGGAGAGAAUGGAGGUGUUGUUUUAUGAAGGUCAUUACAGUACUGGUACGGACAGGAAGAUCGCUCUGCUGGAGGAUGUGUUCAGGAAGUUUCCAGAACUUCCUGUGAGCAUUGAAAUCAAAGAGAACAACAAGAGGCUGAUGCAGAAGGUGUCCGACCUGGUGAAAAGCUACGACAGGGAGGGAACCACUGUGUGGGCCUCUAUGGACAACACAAUCAUGAGGGAAUGUCGCAGAACCAAUGCGUCUAUGCCGUACAGUUUUUCCAUGUUGAGAGGCGUGCUGGUUCUGCUGCUCUUCUACACCGGCCUGCUGCCUUUUGUGCCGUUGGGGGAGAGUUUACUGCAAUUCUACCUGCCGCGCAUCAUGAACAGGACGUAUUUUCCAGGGGGAAUCCUGGCAAACAGGCUGGUUGUGUCUUUGUUGGAAAAAGUAACUAUGAGGAGAAGUCUUUUUAAACACCUAGCAGCUCGUGGAAUACAGGUGCAUUUAUUUGUUUGCAAUGAAGAGGAAGACAUAAAGGCUGCAAUUGAAGUCGGAGCAACUGGAGUGAUGACUGACUACCCAACUCUUCUGACGACCUACUUGUGCAAAAACAAGUUUGGAUUGAUCCCGCUCUCCCCGCCGAGCGUCACCGCAGAUGAUCAAUAAUAAAACAGUUUUCAGAUGAACGGGGCCUGGAUAAACAGUGAAGACGGCAAACAGAGGGAAAUGUGAGGUUUUGGAAAUCGACCGGGACAAGAUUAAUUGAGGUUAAAGCUAUUAGACAUAAAUGUUGUGAAAACAACGCCACCAUUCAACUCUUCAAUCUGCUGACAGAACAAGUUGUGAUGAAGUCAACAGAUUGCUUGAACUCUGGUAAACAGUCAAAGAAAGACUGUCUGAUCAAACUGUCUCACAUUACAGGAGUGAAUAUUUAACCAGCUGGGUCAUGUGAUGGGACAAACCCGAUCAGAGGCUAGAAAUGAGACUUUUGUUUUGACCUCUCUCAGUAAGAAGUGCAUGUAAAAAAAUAAAUGAUCACAAGAAAAUUAUCUAGAAUUUUCUUGGACUUUCAUCCUACUUUGUUGUCCUGAUGUAAAAAGACGAGUGUGGGUUGUGAAGUGAAAGUAAAAAUUCAAAAAAUGGCUAUAACAUUGUGAAAUUAAGCAUCAAAACAGCAAUUAUUUAAAUGUAUGAACAUUAAACGACUGUUGAUACCAGGUGAGUGCUUCAGAGGGGGAUUUUCCAAAGACAAUCAUCGCCUACAUUUAAAGAGAGGAGUCGGAAAAAGGGAAAAUCUCUUAUAUCCGGCCUCUCUUAGGGGUCAAAAGGCAAAAGCACGAAGAAUAGUCAACAACUUGUAAUCAUGGAUCCACGCCGCCUUGUAUUGACUCAUUUGAAAGUCCUCCCCGUUCUGAUGCUUCCCAUACCAUAACAAAAUGUCAGGCAGUGUUUUUGCUGCCGUGUGAGUCACCCCUAAUUUCCUUUGCAAAAACAAAACAAAGCUGGAGUCGAAUGUCACCCGUCCGAAAGGUAAAAGCUUAACAGAAGUCAAUUUUUGAAGCAACUUUUGGGGUUUGUUUCAAUUAAAAAAUGAGAAAAGUUUG